AUGGGUUUCGAGGAUAGUGAAUGUGGAGACGAUCAUUUGAAAGAUUCUACAAGUGAUGUUCAGAAUCCCGAAUUUUCAAGCAAAAAAGUUUUAUCAUCUUUCCAUCCUGAUGAGAGUCAAACAUUACAAAACUUCAACGAUGUUACUCCACCUCUUUGUAUAUUUUGCGGUAUGAAUGGAAACCUGAACCUUGGUCAGGGUGAACUACUGAGGUUCUACACAAAGAUUGAAUAUUCAGAACCCCCUACUUGGUACAGUGACUUUAUCAUCAAGGUGAAGUCUAAGCAGGAAAAGUGUACAAAUAUUUUGGUGACAAACCGUUCAACACACACUAAUCGACGGAACCAACAUAGCAAAAUUGUUGUAGCAUCUUUCACACCUUUGGCGACAGACCCUGAGUUUUGCAAGGUAGGCCCUCACAUAUCUCUUGACGGAUGUCGACGCAGUAGAAGUAAAAACUGUUUUGGUUAUGACUGCAAAACUUGUCUUGCAGGGAUGCCAAAUGCUUAUUUCGAUUGUAGUGGCCGACCAUUUGGUUUGGUAGAAGAAUUGAAUUAUGUUGGUUGGCCUUCUAAAUCUGAUGAAGAUACCUUAAAAGUUUCCAAUCUGAUUGUUAAGUGUACUCCACGUGAAGGUGAAGAAGGUGGUUGGAUAUACGCGCAUCAUUGUUGUGCGUCGUGGUCUAAUGGUGUUCACUUCAACGACCAGAUGGUUCUGGAAGGUGUUGAAGAUGCAGCGGUUAUAGCUGUUACUCGGAAGUGCUCUCUUUGUCUCCGUUAUGGAGCGAGUAUUCCUUGUCGUGUCAGUGACUGCAACUCAUGCUUCCACUUCCUUUGCGCAGCGGGAGCUGGUUGUUUGCAAGAUAUCGAAUCGUUAGAGUUGUUAUGUCCGGUACAUAUAUCAGAAGCGCUUACAUCAAGUUGUAUAUCAAUACAGUGUGGUCUCUGUGAAUCUCCAGGCGAUUUAACCGAGCUUCUGUUCUGUACUGGUUGUGGUAGUCAUUAUCAUGCUUCCUGUUUGGAGCCACCUUUGCAACCAAGUCCCACAAUUCGCAUAGGGUGGCAGUGUGCAGAAUGCAAAACUUGUUUGAUUUGCAACGAAAGUAAAGAUGAAAAUAAAAUAUGCGAACGAUGCCGUGUAUGUUCUGAUUGUGGUGGCGGACGCUCUUCUACGUUAAGUGGUUUGGAGGGACCAGUUGCUUUUAACAAUCAGCUCAAUCCGAACGUCCGUUGGCAUAGUAACUAUACACUAUGUGAUCGGUGUUUCCACGCUCAUAAACGCCCGAAUUCAUGUUGUCCUGUAUGCGAUCGAGCAUGGCGUUGUUCACUACCGGUGCCAGAAAAUUUUUACAGGAAUCUUAACAGUACUUUUCUUGUCUGGCCUGGUAGUAAAUGUAGUCAGUGUCGCCGAAUGGUUCAUGCUGAGUGUGAUCCUUCUUCCAACCAGACGACUGUUUCACCUUUAUCUACUGCCAGUGAGGAAACAAGUGGUAUUUGUUGCACCAAUUACGUCUGUCCUGUUUGUCGAGCUCGUGGUUCAACGACACCGAGCGAGGCUGCAUCAACUACUGCUUCUUUACGUGCUAGCCCGAUUCAGGGAGGUGGGAAUAGUAGUAAUAGUGGUGGCGAUAUUAUGGAUGAAAAUUUUACUCAAGGAGGCCGGGACUUAUUAGAUGAUACAGUUCGUCAGUGUAUUGGGUCUGGUUCAUUAGUUUGUCCUGGUGCUAAUGGAAGUACAUCGGCAAAUACUCCGUCAAGCUCAACCUCUAAUUCAACAACUCCGAAUACUGAACCAGGAAAGCAACAAAUCCACCUGAAUAAUCAAGAUUAUCCAGGGUCACCACGUGUACAUUGUAAAGUGACCUCUAAUAACAAGUCAUCAGUAACAAAUUCUACAAAUGGCCGGCCAUCUAUAGAUCAACCUUCUAUUAAUAUUAGUAGUGGACGUAGGCGAGGAAACAACCAAACUAGUGAUCUUAAUUUUGCAAAAACUAAUUCAGGAACACGGUCCAACAAUAUAAACACCCAGACGUCGUUUAUUGGAACUACAAAAACUGGCGCUUUAAAAAGAACUAAUAGUUCUGCUACGUCGAAUAAUAUUAAUAAAAAUAGGCGAACGAAAACUCGGAAAAUCACUUCGUAUGAAUCCAAAGUCUCAGAGAAGGAUGAUCAUCCUAGUACAGUAGUAUUUUGUCGGGCAGAUGACAAUUUCAUGCUGGAACAGGAUAUAUGUAUUGCAUGUGGAUCAAUCGGUUUGGAUACUCCUCUGUUGGCUUGCUCUCAAUGUGGUCAAUGCUACCAUUCUUUUUGUGCAGAUGUACCUAAAAUAACACGAACUAUGAUUGAAAAAGGUUGGCGUUGUUUGGAUUGUACUGUAUGUGAAGGUUGUGGUGGAACAUCAAAUGAAAGUCUUCUACUUUUAUGUGAUGAUUGCAAUAUUAGCUUUCAUACCUAUUGUUUAGAUCCGCCAUUGAAAGAAGUACCGAAAGGUGGUUGGAAAUGUGCCGACUGUGUUGUAUGUACUAAUUGUGGUCAAAAGGAUCCUGGUCUUAACGGAAAAUGGCACGCUAAUUAUUCUGUAUGUGCACCGUGUGCGUCACUCACCACUUGUCCCAUUUGCAAUUUAGCUUAUCGAGAUGAAGAAUUACUUGUUCGAUGUGCAUUAUGUACUCGAUGGGCUCAUGCCAACUGUGACCAGUUGCGUACUGAAGACGAAUUGGAAAUAGCCACUGAUCUAGGGUAUAACUGUCUUCUUUGUCGUGAAUUGGGGGCUGAUCUCGGAACUGGGCAUGCUCAGGUACUGGCUUACAGACAAGCAGCUAACGGGAAUCUUGGGGCUCUGGAAAACCUGAAGUUUGGCGAAAUUACCGAAAAUCUGUUUGCUGACAAAUUACCGUCUUCAUUAUUCCCAUACUCUUCCACUGGAGUUGCAUGUUUAACGCGUUCACAAGCAGAUGAUGACAAUAGUUCAUCAAGUGACACUCGUCAAUUUUUCAUGGAUGGUGUUGUACUAAGUGAAUGUGGCUUGAAUACCAUUAAACAAGCUCUACUUAAAAUUCAACCGAAACGUCAUACAAAUCAAAAACGUCUAUCAGAUCAACAGAACCAAUCAGUUACUGAUACAGGAUCUUGUUCCGUUGGUGAUAGUACUCCAGUUGAACUAACUCCAUGCGGACCUCAUGGACAGUUUGAUGAAGAUGCUUCACUACAUUCUGGAGUUGAUGGAGAAAAUGAUCUAUCCAAUUAUCCUGAUUGGAAAUCUCCCAGCCUACAAUCAGAAGAAGAUGGCUGUAAUUCAAUACAAGAUGGCACACGUACUUCAUUAUGCAUCAGUCGCAAUAGUUCUGCUGGUUCUAUAUCAGUUAACGGAAAACCACCACAAACAAUUCCAAUCGUAAUCGACCACUAA